CUCACCUCCUAGUCCAAACAACAAAAUGUGUCCCUCAAAGCCUAAGCUGCUUAAUCCUACCAAUGUUAUUGCUGAAAUUAUUGGUCGUCCGGUCCUUCAACCCACUUCCAAUCAAGUUCCUAACUUUAAGAAUAAAUCAGCAAAACCACCAACUUCACCUGUUUCCAAAGGCAUGACUAAGCCUUCUUUUUCACCUCCAAUCUCUCCUAAGCUGAAGUCACUCAGACCGGUGGCACCUAAGAGGGCAAAGGAUCCUAAUGAACUGAGCUCUAGCUCCGAGAAGAUCAGCACACCAUGCAGCACUGUGAAGUUGGCAAGUGUGGUUAAAAAACCAAAAAGUGCUUCCAUUGAGCUCCCAGGAAGCAUUGCAGCAGCCAGGAGGAAACAAAUAGCUAUUAUGCAAGUUGAAAGAAAAAUGAGAAUUGCACAUUAUGGUAGAAAGAAGUCUGCCAAGCUUGAAAAGAUGGUGGUGGAACUAGAUACAACAGCCAAAAGUAAAGCUAAUGUGAGAGAGAAGAGGUGCAGUUUCAUUACAGAUAACUCAGACCCUAUCUAUGUUGCUUACCAUGAUGAAGAAUGGGGAGUUCCUGUUCAUGACGACAAGAUGCUAUUUGAAUUGCUUGUACUAACCGGUGCUCAAAUUGGAUCAGAUUGGACUUCAGUCUUGAAGAAACGCCAAGCUUUUAGGGAGGCCUUUUCAGGGUUUGAUGCAGAAAUUGUAGCCAAAUACAGUGAGAAGAAGAUGACAUCAAUUAGUGCUGAAUAUGGAAUAGAUGUGAGGCAAGUGCGAGGUGCAGUAGAUAAUGCUAACCGAAUUCUGGAGGUGAAGGAAGCAUUUGGGUCACUGGACAAGUACUUGUGGGGUUUUGUAAACCAUGGGCCUAUAGCGAGCCAAUACAAGUCAUGGUACAAAAUCCCAGCCAAGACCUCCAAAUCGGAAUUCAUAAGCAAAGACAUGGUGAGAAGGGGGUUUAGGUUUGUUGGUCCUACUGUCAUUCAUUCCUUGAUGCAAGCAGCCGGUCUCACAAAUGAUCACUUGCUCACCUGCCCAAGACACAUUCAAUGUGUGGCCUUUGCUAAGUGAUUAAGAAGCCAUAUAUAUAUAUAUAUAGGGAAUUGGUCAUAUAAUCACUGAUUAGGAUUUUCGUAUGUCAAUUAUAUGGAAUUGCAACUAUUGAUCUAAACUUUAUAUCCAAACAACAUUUGGAUGCCAAAAGUUGGUAUGUUGGUUAUCUUUGAACGAUCUUGCCCAUGUGCUCUCCCACUUUUUUCUUUUUCUUUUUCUUUUUUCAUGCUUUUUUAUGAGUGUAAGUUGACAUUCCCAACAGCAUUUUCUUGUUAUAGGAUUCCUUCGUUCUCUUUUCUUUUUGGCCUUUUGUCCAAGAGAAAGCAAAUUCUGAAAAAUGCCCCAUUUCUCUCCCAAGAAAAAGGUGUCUGGCAA